AUGACAGAGUCCUUAAACUCUGCUGAGCUGUUGAAGCAGCUCAAGUCUCUGGGAUUGGAAAAGCUAUUGCAUGUGACACACAAGUUUCUGAGGCAGUCCUACAUCUAUCCACCUCUUUUAGAGUUUGGUGGUAAGACAUUACUUAUUACUUUUACUUUUGUGGCGAUUGCCAGUUUUCAAUUUGAAGUGGAGCAGUCGCUUACUGAUAGUAAUUCUCAGUGUUGCUCAACUAAUGUACCAUGUGUAUUUUCCUUUUUUCCCCCCCUUCCACCACAAUUGUUUCCUUUAAUGAUACAGCUUUACAUGGUGAGAACUAUGUUAGAGUCCCUCAUUGCUGACAAAAGUGGUUCCAAGAAAACCUUGAGAAGUAGCCUUGAGGGGCCCACCAUAUUGGACAUAGAAAAAUUCCAUCGCGAGUCUUUCUUCUACACUCAUUUGAUAAAUUUCAGUGAAACCCUGCAGCAAUGCUGUGAUCUGUCCCAGCUGUGGUUCAGGGAAUUCUUCUUAGAACUGACCAUGGGCAGAAGAAUCCAGUUUCCCAUUGAGAUGUCCAUGCCUUGGAUUCUGACGGACCAUAUUUUGGAGACCAAAGAGGCAUCAAUGAUGGAGUAUGUUCUGUAUUCUUUGGACCUUUAUAAUGACAGUGCUCAUUAUGCACUUACUAAAUUUAAGAAGCAAUUCCUCUAUGAUGAGAUUGAGGCAGAGGUAAACCUGUGUUUUGACCAAUUUGUCUACAAGCUGGCAGACCAAAUAUUUGCGUACUACAAGGCAAUGGCUGGCAGCCUGCUUCUGGAUAAACGAUUACGUUCGGAAUGCAAGAAUCAGGGAGCAACCAUUCAGUUGCUACAGUCCAAUCGCUACGAGACACUGCUGAAACAGAGACAUGUCCAACUUCUUGGUAGGUCAAUAGACCUGAACCGACUGAUCACUCAGCGAAUUUCAGCAGCCAUGUAUAGGUCAAUGGAACUGGCAAUUGGUCGAUUUGAAAGUGAGGAUUUGACUUCCAUUGUGGAGCUGGAUGGCUUGAUAGAGGUCAACAAAAUGACUCACAAGCUUCUGAGUAGAUAUAUGACCUUGGACAGCUUUGAUGCCAUGUUCAGAGAAGCCAAUCACAACGUGUCAGCCCCUUAUGGACGAAUUACUCUUCAUGUCUUUUGGGAACUCAAUUAUGAUUUCCUUCCAAACUACUGCUACAAUGGAUCCACUAACAGAUUUGUUCGGACCGUGCUACCGUUUUCUCAGGAGUUUCAGAGAGAUAAGCAGCCUAAUGCACAGCCACAGUAUCUCUAUGGAUCGAAGGCAUUGAAUCUGGCAUAUUCCAGCAUCUACAGCAACUACAGGAAUUUUGUUGGUCCUCCUCACUUUAAAGUCAUCUGUAGACUUCUUGGGUAUCAGGGUAUUGCUGUGGUGAUGGAGGAAUUGCUGAAAGUUGUCAAGAGCCUGUUACAAGGGACAAUUCUUCAGUAUGUCAAGACCUUAAUGGAAGUGAUGCCUAAGAUCUGCAGGUUACCAAGACAUGAGUAUGGUUCUCCAGGUAUCUUGGAGUUUUUUCACCAUCAGUUGAAGGACAUCGUUGAAUAUGCAGAACUGAAGACUGUCUGCUUCCAGAAUUUGCGGGAAGUGGGAAAUGCCGUCCUGUUUUGCCUCCUCAUUGAACAGAGUCUGUCCCUGGAGGAAGUGUGUGACCUGUUGCACGCGGCACCAUUCCAAAAUAUCCUGCCCAGAGUUCACGUCAAAGAGGGUGAAAGGCUCGAUGCUAAAAUGAAGAGAUUAGAAUCGAAAUACGCUCCACUACAUUUGGUUCCUCUCAUUGAAAGGCUAGGAACACCCCAGCAAAUAGCAAUCGCAAGGGAAGGGGACUUGCUGACCAAAGAACGCCUCUGCUGCGGCCUGUCCAUGUUUGAGGUUAUCCUGACGAGGAUCCGCUCCUUCCUGGACGAUCCCAUCUGGCGCGGGCCCCUGCCCAGCAAUGGGGUGAUGCACGUGGACGAGUGCGUGGAAUUCCAUCGCCUCUGGAGCGCGAUGCAGUUCGUCUACUGCAUCCCCGUGGGAACGCACGAGUUCACGGUGGAGCAGUGCUUUGGAGAUGGCUUGCACUGGGCUGGCUGUAUGAUCAUUGUGCUUUUGGGACAGCAGCGUCGCUUUGACGUGUUGGAUUUCUGCUACCACCUGCUGAAAGUCCAAAAGCACGAUGGCAAAGACGAGGUUAUAAAGAAUGUGCCUUUGAAGAAAAUGGUUGAGAGAAUUCGCAAGUUCCAGAUUCUGAAUGAUGAAAUAAUUGCUAUUUUGGACAAGUAUUUGAAGUCUGGCGAUGGAGAGAGCACGCCUGUGGAACACGUGCGCUGCUUCCAGCCACCUAUUCAUCAGUCCCUUGCCAGCAACUAGACUUCCCACCUAACUAUACUUUUUGCACCUAUUUAGGCUAAAAGUAUG